AUGUCGCAUAUUACGACGGUACCGCGUGGGGGGAGAUUAGGGUUUGAUACCGUUCCACAGUCCCAUAUUCAGCAUGGGAGCUCAAGGGACGACGACGGGGUGGAUGAAGAUGACAUUCAUACGACUCGAGGAUAUGAGCGCCAAUAUAGCGGAGGACACUAUGUGGCCCCAACUGGAUCUUCCAUCGAGGACGAGAGCCCUCCUGAGUACCACAGUAACCGGUCACGAUCCAGUUCAAGGAUGGACUACAGUCAAACUUCAAUUUCAACGGCCUACAAACCCGAUAUGGUCGUUUAUAACGAAAUUCCUGUGGAUGCCCCGCUUGUCAUAGAUCAAGAACGUCCAAACUACAAGCCCUCGGCAUUGAGAUGGCCUUUCCUAACCACGUUACUAUUUGUAAUACUAGCGCUCAUAGGGUUACUCGCGUGGGCUCUGCACGCUUUACCCGUUCUCAAUAAGGACCUCGACGUUAUCAGUGUUCUUGAUGCAAGAGACAUCCAAAUUGAAAACUUUUAUACACCUAUCUCAGUUGACUUGACGGGUUCUGGUCCUCAUUCCACUGCCGACUCAAUAGUUGGCCGCGCCGAGACCACCGAGUUCACCUCUCAGCCUACUUCUCAACCUACCUCCCAGCCCGAGGAGACUAUGUCGCCAGCCGAAGACGAUUUUGGACAUGUCGGUAUUCAGACCGUUACCGAUCCAGGCCCAUCGACUACGCCAGCAGCACAUACCACUAAUUCUGCCGAUGGAGGCACAACUGUACCCACUACUGAGCCAGCGUGGUCUAAGCCGGAGGGUGACUUCGGCAGUGCUGGCGGGACUGUGACCGUCUCGCAGAGUAGGAAACCAACACCAACGAUAGCGUCUUCUAAGGCUAGCGAGGACUACGGCGAUGUUGGAUCGAAGACUAUAUCAGAUGACAUCACGUCAAGUGUACAUGCCUCGGAUCACGGCAACGUGGGAACCAUUACGGUCUCAGAAAUAACAACCCCUCAAACACCCACCUUCGUAACGCCUGUCGUAGCUACUACUACUGACUCGCAAGGCAUAACGACAACUUCAACAAGCAUCCCAUCGCCCGUCUCAAUACCCCAAACGGUCACCUUAACAAACUCUCAAGGGCAACCCACAGGUACGCAAGAGACCCAUGUUCUCGUCACGCCCUCUACCAGCGUGCAGACCGACUCGCAUGGCGCCCCUACCGCCACAGCAACAUUCUACCCCUCCCUCCCCUCGGAACAAAACAGCCAAAUUAGUAAUAGUAAUGGUAAGGGGGUAAAGACAUACACCAUAACCUACGGCUCCUACUUCAUCGGCAUGUUCCUCCCGACUCUCCUAGCCAUCCUCCUCGCGAUCCCGAUCCGCAUCCUCGACGUCAACGCCAAGAUCCUGCAGCCCUGGCACGAGCUCACGCACUCCCGGGGCGGCGCCCCCGGCCACGAGUCACUGUGCCUCAACACUUCCGGCUGGCAGUCCAUUAUCUCCGGCAUUCGCUCUCUUGCCGGCGGCCAGGCCCUCGUCUUCUUGACCUCUUUGCUGGUGCUUAUUUCUGCGCUGCUCAUCCCGUUGUCGGCGGAGGCUGUGGCAUUCGAUCUGAAGGGCGCGGAGUGCGUCCAGGGCAGCGGGGUCGGGAAGAACUGCGCGUACGUGCUCGCCGUCUUCGACCAGGCGGCUAAGGCUACCGUUGCGCUGCUUGGCGUCAUGGGCGUGGCGACACUGGCCAUCCUCGCGGUUCUAAUGCGCUGGAGGUCGGGCGUUGGCACGAAUCCUUGGAGUAUAUGCGGCACGGCGUCGUUGGCGCUGAACCCGGAUGUUCGCCGUCUGUUUACGAGCUUGCCGGCCGGAAGUGACGCGGGGAGGAUGCCGAAGGGGUUGUUGGAGAGCGUGUUGGAGGAUCGCUGGUUCAAGCUGGAUUACUUCCAGGGCGUAAAUGGGACGGUGGAGUAUGGCAUUAUGCUGCGCGAGGAUAGAGGAAAUGUGCCAGGGCUGAUUGCUAGCGAGGUAAAGGAGCCGCAAGAUCAUCAUGCUGCACGUACGAAAUCGAAGCAUCACCUUCCCUUCCUAAUGCUGGGUUACGCGGGACGGCUGUUAUUCCUCUUUGUCCUAUGCGGAUUGUUGGCCCUGAUAUUGUAUUAUAACAAUACGGGUGGCGAUACGCCGUUUGAGAGGUUCAUGGAUAGCGAAUCGUUUGGAGUGCGGUUCUUGUUUACGGCUGUUGGUGUGGUUAUCAGUUUCUUCUGGGCCUCGUUCUUCAGUAGCAUCGCAACCCUAAGCCCCUACCAACUUCUUGCCAGCUCGCCCCAGGAGGCGCGACACUCGAUUUUGCUCGCGCCACCGACGAACGCCUUCUCAGGUCUUUGGUCGGCGAUCCGUCGACGACAUAGCUUCCUCGCUGUGGUAGCAGUAACAUCCAUCCUCUCGGAGUUCCUGACUAUCUUCCUUAGUAACGUGCCCUUCCGCGUUACCCAGACCUUCCUAGUCCACAACAUCUGCACGUGGGCCGCCGUCGGCAUCCUCUGCAUCAUGGUUCUCGUGGUCAUCGGCUCAUUUUUCGUCGCGUGGCCGCACAUGCCCGUCGACCCGAGCACCAUCGCGGGAGCCAUGUAUUACGUGUGCGACUCGUGGAUGCUCGCCCGCUUCGAGAGCUUGAGCACGAUGAAACGCAGGGAUAGGGACUGGCAUGUUAAUGAGAUGAAUUUGAAAUAUGAAUUCGGCGAGAUUAGAGGCGCUUCCGGUAUCGUGAGGAUAGGAGUCGACGCAUCGACAUCUGGGGGCACGGUAUGGGCAUAAUGAAAUAAACUACCAAUGGAUUUAUGGAUAGAUGUGAAUAUUUAGUGUAUAAGUAUAUAUUUAAAUAGGUCCCAGGUAG